AUGGGGGCGACGGUUCUGCCAAGAAUCCCACCGGCACACCUCCUGGCGAGAUAUUACGCCGACACGUAUGAGGAGAUGUGCCAAGCCAGAGAAAGGUUGGGGUUUGUCCCGCCGGACAUUAGAAGGGCUAUUGAGCUACAAGGGAAGACGACCUUCUCAAACGCUGGAAAGAAAUUGAUUAGAGGAGUGACAGUGGGAGACGGUGACGUUUUAAUUUCGUUAGAUGUCACUUCUCUUUUCACUAACAUACCUAAAGAUCUUGUUUUGAAAGCGAUUGAAGAGAGAUGGAAUUACAUUACUACAAAAACUGAUCUCAGCCUUCCACAAUUCUUGAGUGCUGUAGACUUGAUCCUUAGUUCGACUAGUUUUAUGUUCAACGGCCAAUUUUAUGAACAGAUCUUCGGAAGCCCGAUGGGGUCUCCCCUCUCCCCUAUCCUGGCUGACAUGGUCAUGGAGGAUUUAGAGAAACAUUGUAUACAGCGGCUUAGUUUCAGGAUAUCCUUUUUCAAACGAUAUGUGGAUGAUAUUUUCGCGGUUGUUCCCGAGUCGGGUAUUGGUGAAUUAUUAGACAGUUUCAACAAUUACCACGAUAGAUUAAAAUUCACUUACGAAAUGGAAAGCAAUGGUAAAUUGAGUUUCCUUGAUACCACGGUCAUCCGCGAGGGAGGCUCAUUGCUUACGAAUUGGUUCCGUAAACCAACUUUCUCGGGCCGGUACAUAAAUUAUUUUUCAAACCAUCCUAUGAAAUACAAAAUUAACAUCAAAAUUGUUGAUAAAUAUGUCAAUGUCCGACUUGGCGAAUUGCGAAAUCGUAACAACAAUGAUCCUGUCAGUAGCGAAGUGGCCCAAGAUCCUCGAAGGUGCAUUACUGUACCUUACAUAAAGGGCCUUAGCGAGAAUGUUAGCCGUACAAUGCGAGACAUGAACUUUAGAGUUCUUCACACCAUCCCGAAGAGAUUGGAUUGUGUCAUUAGGAAGGGUAAGGACGCGUUGCCGAGUCUCAGUCAGACUGAGUUAGUUUAUAAGAUUGAUUGUGCAAAUUGUGAUGCGGUACUGAAUGGAGUUUAUACAUUCUUGGCAACAUCUCUCGAUCAUCACGUAUGCGGCAGGUGUAGUAUAAAACAAAAGAGCAAUACAUCUCAACGAGUUUGA